GUCAGUGAAUCUUACUCGUAAUCACUCCGCGAACCUUACCACAGGUUCCAAAGUCUAAACGUUGCCGCAUAGCUAUUCAUAUCCCACUGUAGAUACUAAUAUUUAUACAAAACUAUAAUUAUUAUGGAGAAGCUCACCGAUGACCUGGUCAAGUACAAGGACUAUGUUUUUGCGAAGGAUUUGGUCAACGCUGAGCACAUUGACUCCCUGCAGACCUUUGAGAUCCGGGACAGUGACAUCUUUCUGGUUACUUACCCUAAGUCAGGAACAAUCUGGGCACAGCAGAUCAUCACUUCUAUCUGCGAGUCAGAGAUGGGUGAUAUCUAUCCCAACAACUUGGAGAUGAUGCCAUGGCUGGAGUAUAUUGACAAACGCCCUGACUAUUCCUUACGCCCUAACCCGCGGCUAUUCGCCUCCCACCUCACCCCUGUACUCAUGCCCCCAGGCCUGAGGGACAAGAAGGCAAAGAUGAUCUAUGUGAUGCGGAACCCAAAGGACAACGUGACUUCCUACUAUCACUGGUGUGUUAACUGGGCCAUGUUUGAGACUCCAAAGUGCUUCGAGGACUUUCUGGACCAGUGGUUAGCAGGGAAUGUUGGUGCUUCGUCCUGGUUUGACCACAUCGGAGAGUGGCACAGUAAGAGAGACCAGUACAACAUCCUGUUUCUGACCUAUGAGGACAUGAUCAUGGAUCUGAAGACAGCCGUGACGAAGAUCUGCCGUUUCCUGGAGAGGGACCUGACUGAAGCAGACAUCAACAAGAUCGUGGAAAAAGCCACGUUCAAAAACAUGAAAAACGACCGCAAGGCCAACUAUGAGUUCAUACCAGAAGACAUUCUCAAAAAGGGGCAGUUCCUGCGCAAAGGUAAAAUCGGGGAGUGGAAGAACAUGUUCACAUUGGCCCAGAGUGAGAGGUUUGACCAGGUCUAUAAGGAACGGAUGAAAGACAUGACUCUGAAGUUCAUCUGGGACAUGGCUCAACAAUCAGAGUGAUGGGAGCCUCAGCUCCCUGGCUUCCUCUACCUGGGACAUGGCUCAACAAUCAGAGUGAUGGGAGCCUCAGCUCACUGGCUUCCUCUACCUGGGACAUGGCUCAACAAUCAGAGUGAUGAGAGCCUCAGCUCCCUGGCUUCCUCUACCUCCUCACGUUCAGGAGUUCCAACAGAUGAUUCCAGACUUGGAAGGAUGGCAAUGCAAGUCUACAGUGAUAGAAGGGCGGAGCCUACAGCUCUGCCGCCACAAACCUCCCAGUGGACACUCUGCUAACGACAUUCAUGUCAAUUAUCUGUUGAAUGUACCAAAACUGGACAAUUCCUAAACCAUUUUUUUUUUUUUGUAUUGAUGAGGAAUUAAAUGAAACA